AGAAAACUCGCCGUCGCUGUCAAAAAGAGGAAACGAUUGAGAAGAAAAGUUUGGAGCUUGGCUGUGCGAGUGUGCAGAAAAUUUCGUAAAAGAAAAAAAAACCCCUAAAGCCAACUAACUAUACACAUUUCCAGUGUCCACAAAACGGACGGCGAACGAAACCGCAACGGGUGUGGUGCUCGUGCUGCAGCAACUGCUCCUCCAACGGUGGUGUGGUGUCUCUUUUUGCAGGGAUUUCUCUCCUCACGGCUGGGCUGUUGCCCGUGCCGAGCCCGCUUCCCUCCAUGAUGGCAGCGCACAGUUGAACGCCUUUGGCCGCGGUGCAAAAAAUGUUUCUCAGCUAAUCAUUCUUCUUUCUUCUUUCUAUAUGAUCGCGCCCGCGCGCGUAUACUAAUGGUGGUGUAAAUUGCGCCCGAAUUUGUGUGAAUAUAUCGAAAAAUUAAAUCAAAACGCCGCUCUAAACGCCGAAACCGACCCACUGCCAAUCUGAACUUUGCCAAAUCGAUCGGUUUGUGUGAUUGUGUGUGUGAACUUUUCCCUCCCCCUCUGCGGAAUCAACAUUUUGCACCUGGCCGUGGUUGAAAAACCACUCUGUUUGUGCCCCGAUACUGUGUGUGUGUGUGUGGAUGUGUUUGCCGUGAACGGUGGUGGCUUUGCUACUGUUCCGUGGUGUGUCUGGUGCGACCGUGCGCCCUGCUUGUCUGCCCCCGGAUGCCGUACAUGUAACCUCCACACCCAAACGCCGCAACAAUGAUACAGACCAUACAGGAUGUCAACGACUGCGUACCGCUGUACCUGCCACACAGCUUGUACCUCAAGCCGUUGGCCAAGUUCAACAUUUCCGUUGCACUGCCCGCCUCCAUCACUGGCAAAACCAUCUCCAACUAUGACGUUAUGGAGAAGAUGCGCCAGAUGAUACUGCCGGACAAGUUCUCCCUGCUAAAGGUCUCGAAGAGCACCGUCGGUUUCAUACGGUUCGAGGGAGAGCUGGAGGAUAAGGGCAAACUGAAAGCCGUCCUGUCGCGGCUCGACGGCCGCCCGCUGCGACUGACCGGGUUCGACGAGUCGGUCAAGGUGCGGGCAUCGGAAGCGAAGGACGAGUUCCCGACCCGGCACGAUUGGGACUCGUUUUUCCGCGAUGCCCGCAACAUGGACGAGAUGAAGGCGGGCGAACGGCCGGACACGAUCCAUUUCAGCAAUCUGCCAAUCAAGUGGUUCUGCCCGCGCCAUGCCGAGAACGAGGACGGUGCUAAGCCGAGCGAGAGCAUCUUCAAGCGCAUCUUCGAGAAGUUCGGCGAGGUGCGGGCGGUCGAUAUUCCGAUCUGCGACCCGUACCGGCCGCAGAUGAAGGCGCACAUGUCCGGCAUGAAGAAGUUUAGCUUCGAUCAGGAGAUGUACUUCGAAGGGUAUGUGCAGUUCUCCGAGUACGUCGGUUUCGUGAAGGCGAUGGACGAGUUCCGUGGGAUGAAGCUGGUGCGCAAGGAGGGCGAACGCAACCUGGCCAUGACGAUAGCGGUGGACUUCGAUCGGACCAAGCAUCUGAGCGACGCGACGGUGAAGAAGCGCCAAAUCGUGCGCGACCGACUGAUUGCCGCGGAUCGGGAGAAGGAGGAGCUGGAGAAGAAGCGGGUGGCCGAGGAGGAGGCACGCAAGGAGCAAGAAAGAAAACGGCAAGAAGAGUUGCGUCAGGCCGAAAUUGAGCAGCAACUACUGCGCGAACAGCGGCGCAAGGAAAAACACCUGCAGAAGCUGCGACAGAAGGAAUCGGACGAGAUUAAUCAAAAGAUCCGGUUGGAGGAAAAGAAACUGCUCGAAGCGCAGCGUAAAUUGGAAAGCAUUCGUCUGCUCGAUGCACUUUUCGAUCGUAUGAAGCUGAAGCAAUCGCUAGAAAAGGGCAAGCGAAAAAGUAUCGUGUCCAGCGAUGGAGAGGGCAUCGACACGAUGAGCACAUCGUCCAUAAAAGAUCGACAAAAGAAGGCCAGCAAGCUGAAGGCGACGCAGGAGAAGGAGCUGGAAAAGAUGCGCCUGCGGCUGAAGCAGGCAAAGGACGGCAGCGUGCUUAAGAAGGUGCUCAGCACGGGGCUGGGCGUGAAGGUGGAACGAUCCCGCUCGCCCAGCAUCAACACGAUCAGUUCCGACGAUGGCAUUCUGAGCGAUACGCCGCGCACCAAGACAAAAAAGAAACGCAAGUCGCAAACGAACUCGUCCAAAAAGUCGGAUGGUUCCGGAUCCUCUUCGUCCGACGGCACGGACGAGGAGGAACUGCUAUCGGGCGAUGAGAAGGGCAAACGCGAGGAAGAACCACCACCGGUGCAGGCACAGUAUCCGGCCCAAUCGAUGCCGUACGAUCGGGCGGUUGGGUACGGUCAUCCGAUGGUCCCGACGGCGGGCUAUCCGCCGGCCAGCAUGUAUCCGGCAAUGGAAUGGCCCGGCAUGAGCUAUCCGUACACGUACGAUCCAUUUUACGCCCAGUACUACAGCUCCAUGGCCUAUCGGGGUGCGUAUCGUACUGCAACCAGGGGGCCACGGUAUCCCCGUGGCGGACAGGGCGGUGGUGUGUCGCGUGGACGCGGUAGCGGCUAUCGAGGCCGGGGAGGGUAUGAUUAUUACCGUGGUGGAGGAGGGCGCGAUGAUUACGAUGAAGGUCGAUCGUACUCGCGUUCCAGAUCACGGUCAAGGUCACGGUCGCGGUCCCGCUCGCGGCAUCGUCGCCGCAGUCGCAGUCGAAGCCGUCGUUCACGCUCACGAAGCAGCCGUAGCCGUAGCCGCAGCCGCAGCCGUCGAAGAAGCCGAAGCCGUCGGUCUCGCUCCCGCUCCAGCUCACGAUCCCGGUCGAGAUCACGUUCGCGGUCCCGUACAUCCAAAUCCAACCAUCGGCACAGCCGUAGCCGAUCGAAAUCACGAUCCCGGUCGCACAGCCACCGCCGCAGCAAGCGGACACGUUCGCGCUCGCGCUCGGAAGAUCACGCAAAGAAGGUGGCCGUGCAGAUGUCGAAACCGACGUCGAAAAAUCUCGUCUCAACCAUCCGCGGGGCAACGCCACCGUCCCGAUCGCGUUCCCGUUCGCGGGGUCACUCGCGCUCCAAGUCGCGGUCCCGCUCACACUCCCGCUCGCGCUCCAACUAUAAGCAUCGCUCCUCCCGACGCCAUCGAUCGUCCCGGUCACGGCGCGAUGGUUCCGAGCGGGACCGUUCGAAACCGCCGAAGGAACCGCCGGAACCUGCCGAACCGCCGCUGGUGGUCGGCCCGAUCGGACCGCGAUCGCCACCAGAACCGGCACCCCAAAUGCCACCAGCAGCAGCUCAAGGUGAACUGGAAGCAGAAGCUGGAAUGGUCGCCGGUGGUCCGCCACCACCACCCGAGCCACCGAACGGUAUCGGUGCCGCUAUGGACGAUGAGGACGAGGAACCGUCCAUGGUGUCGGAAUCGUUCAAGAAGCAUCGCAUCAUCGUGCGCACCGAUACGCUCGGCGCGAAAACGACGAAAGAGAUCGAAGAGGAGGUGCGCGAACGGCUGUUGCGGCAGCAGAUGGAGCGCGAGCUCGAAAAGCGCAAAGAGCGCGAACUCGAGAAGCAGAAAGAGCGCGAACUGGAAAAGCGCAAAGAGCGCGAACUGGAAAAGCGCAAAGAGCGCGAGCUCGAGAAGCACCAAGAGCGCGAACUCCAGAAGCGCAAAGAGCGCGAGCUGCAGAAACGAAAGGAAGCCGAACGGGAGGAACUGGAAGACGAGGAAGAGGAGGAAGAAGAAGAAGAGGAAGAGGAAGAGGAGGAAGAGGAGAGCGAAGAUGAGGAGCGGCGUAGACAGCAGCGCAAACAACAGCAGGCCGCCGCGAACGCAUCCGACCGACGUGUUCGUAAUCACGCAAAACCUUCCGAACCGUCGGUGCACGGAAAUGGACAAAAGCGCAAAGACGAGGGCCAUCGGAGCAGGAGCGAAAAGGUGCCGGAGCGCAUCGCAAGCCGGCAUCGACCGAAGCGGUCCGAUGGUCGCUCGAACGGGGAGAAGGGCGCCGCUCGCCAUGAAUCUUCCUCCUCGUCCGACUCGGAGGAAGAGGAGGAGGAGGAGGUAGAGGAGGAAGAAGAGGAAACGUCGGGAAGUAGCAGCGGGGAAGAGGAGCUCACCGAUCCCAGACGCCGAAGAGGAGCUGCCGAUCGACCCCGUAUUCCCCCCUCGCCGCCCAUGAGUCCCCGCGAGCGACGGCGCCGACGGUUUGCCGAUGUGCCGUCCUCCCUGGACGACCGAAGGCAUGGCAAAGAGCUGGACGGCAGACACACGGCGCUGGAAGAGAAGCGGGCCCGCGUGCCGAUACGCCCACCGUCCGGUCGCGGAAGGUCUCGCGAGGAUCGGCCACUGGAGCGUGACAACAACGGGCGCCAGCGUCGCUCGCCGAGCGGCGGCGCUAGGGGACGGCAUGGGCAGCAAAUGCGGCAGCGUAGCCGAAGCCGCGAGCAUCAUCGCAAAUCGUCCCACGCUCGGCCGGACGAGCGCAGAGCGCCGGGCAGCAGUGGCGACGAGGCGCACGUACGCCGGAGAGCAGGGGGUGAAGUGAGGGUAGGGAGCAGACACCACGGUGGCUACCGUGCGAGUCGCCGUUCGUAGUAAGCGCUCCCUGUUUGCUGAGUGGUUCGAGCACCGAGCAGAGGGGGGGGGCACAGUUGGGGCAGUAAGCGCAAUGUUUUAAAACAGCAAGCUAGCGAUAGAAUAGAACAAAACUUUCUCCGAACAUUUACUUUACACCCGUUUAGAGCGGGGAAGGGUUUUCACGAACAGUCGUGAACGAUCGUGAACAACAUUGACUAGAGGACACUAGCAAAAUGGGGUAGCGAUACACAUUUCCCAUUUUGCGACCGACGCCGCCGACUCACUGGUAGUAGCAAAAAGCACUGAAGUAGGGCUAGAGAACAGAGAGAUUUGAUGACCGACGGCACUGCCCUGUGCGAGAGUGCGAAUAACAGUGUGUAAAAGUGUAUAACAUAACGUGUAUGUUUAGGUAAUAAAUCUUCUUUCUCCGAUUUAAUGUC